UUUAUAUCUACUCCAGUAAUGUGUUUUUAUUAUUGUUGUUUACCGUUCUAUGUGAUUUUUCACUCUCCUUCGUUUCCCGCACACUCGUCUUAGUACGUGGUGGUUAUGCACGAUCGCCGUCAUUGACCCACUCGGCACUCGUUCAGUAAAGUUUUUCAACACCGGAGCGACCGGGUCGUUUUCCACCGUUCAAUUCGUGCAUACCGAUCGAUACAUGUUAAGGAACAAAAAAGUUUCGGUGAAAAAAAUUUGUCCUGGCUGUGGCUUGCAGUUCCCAGUGGCCGUAAAGACUUGUACAAAAUGCAAGCAUUCGUUUUACCUUUCGAAAAAAGACAUAACUCCCAAACCUGUGGCCAAGGUGACUACAGCGACAACGGCCGUGUCUGCAGCCGAACAACUCAAAGAUUCUACAACUGGUGCCGCUACACGUUCAGAUGGUCGUCGUAGAACGGAACGGGUCCGCCGUGAAAAGCCCAACUAUUACGAUGCCUCUGCUUUCAUACGUAAAACUCGGAAACGGACUGAAAAACCAACUACAAAACCAAAAGUUAAUUUUCAAGGCCGCCAAGAUGUACAGAUAACACAACCAAAAAAAGGAGUGGCUUCUCAAAAACAAAAUUAUAAAACUAAAGUUGUUCAAGAUCCAGAAGACAAAAUAUACCACAAUAUCAUGAAAAAUGAUAAAGCUAAAGUUUGUGCUUUAAUUUUAGCUGAAUUGAAUGAUAAACUGAUGUUUACUUCUUGGAGACCUUAAGUUCAAAGGUAACUAAAUUAAGACUUAAUAAAAAACUAAUUAAAU